AUGCCGGACGCGCCGCUGGAACGGCGCGCGUUCCUCGUUCCUGUGUCUCCACUCUCUGAAGACACACGCCCCACCUCGGACGUGCAGAUGCGUCCCCGCAAAGCUUCGAACAAACUCCGCAGGUCACCUCUUCAGUGGCUCGCAGCACUCCUGGUCAUCUCGGGGCUCGUGCUCGUCCUCACACUGCUUUACGCGACCGGUAGCUCGUCCAAGUCGUUGCGUGAUGACCAGAAAGACUUGGAGAUCCGAGAUGCACACAAUAUUCCACGCCGUCUGGCUCGAUUCGACGUAAAUCAGACCCUUCUGGACAAUUUGGACACUGUGAGCGUCUCCUUUGAGUACAAACCGCCCCAGCCCGAGUUCUACAGCCAGGACAGAGUCGCUGUUUACUGUGUAAGCCUGACUGACGAACUCUCAAAUCGCACACUAGAUGUACUAGAGUCUAUUGACUUGGUUCCCACUAAUGGCAAUGGGUCGGGGGUGGUGGAGAUCGGGCCGUUAGUUAACAUGCGGUGCUCGUGGCUGCUGCGGUUCAUCACAGUGGACGACCAGGUGCUGGGGGAGAGUAAAUUACUGAGGUUUAAACACGGAGCGACGCAGCCGCUGCAGGUGCAUUUGGCCUUGACGCAGAAUGCGGACGAGAUGAGAGUCAAGUGGGUUAGUGCCAAUGUCUCCAACCCCGUGGUGACGUUUGGAGAGCAGAAGAGCAAGUUGCACAGAGUUGAGAGGGCCACGCAGAGCAGCUACAGCGCCGAGGAUAUGUGCAAUGGUUUGGCGACAGCAAAAUAUCCACGAUAUUAUAGAGACCCAGGGCAGAUUUUUGACGCUGUUAUGACGAAACUGGAAGCGGGGAAGCGAUACUUUUAUCAGGUUGGGGAUGAGAACGGAGAGCGAAGUGACAUCCAUGAGUUUCGGAUGCCUCCGCCUACGGGGAGAAAUAGCGUACAGACGGACGAAGAGGGAUCGAGUAUGAGCUUCUUUGUUUAUGGCGACCUGAACUCUCCUGUUCGGGCGACGGAUAAUUUUGCCGAAGACAAUGGCGAAUGUGGCACUACGAUGCAACUGAUUCGCGAGGAUAUGGAACGAGCUGCUGCCGAUCCGAAUUAUGGAUACCAAGAAGGAGUGACGAAAGAUCACAUCAAGUGGCCAUCACAUCCGACGUUUGAAAAGGAAGGCACUCAUGGCUACGACUCCUUCGGCGAAUGUGGUGUGCCCUCGUCUAAACGCUUCCACAUGCCGGAUAACGGAAAUGGUGCCUACUGGUACAGCUUCGACACGGGGCUUGUGCACCACGCGGUAGUGAGCAGUGAACACGAAUUUGCACGGGGUUCUCCACUGCACAAUUGGCUGGUGAAUGAUCUCAAGUCUGUCGAUCGCUCAAAGACGCCGUGGGUCUUUGUAUAUAUCCACCGACCACUGUACUGCUCUGUGGCCUACUCGGGUGACUACUACCGAUCUUUAUUGUUCCGUGAUGAGCUUGAACAGGAGCUGGCUGACUACCACGUCGAUGUCGUGUUCGCGGGUCAUUAUCACUCGUAUGAACGCACAUGUCCCGUGUUUGGAAAUCGUUGCAUUGAGUCUCCGAGCGGCAAGGCGAUGGCUCCAGUACAUCUUAUGAUUGGCUCGGGGGGAUACCAAGUGGAUGAUGCCGGUUUUUACCGAUCACGCUGGCGCGAGCAGGGCUUUCUCGAGCACGGCUACGGUCGAGUGCACAUUUACAACUCGACCCAUCUGCACUUUGAGUUCGUAUCUAAUCUUGAACGUCAAGUCAAAGACGAGACGUGGAUCGUGUCGACACACGACUGGCCCAGCAAGCGCGAGCGGUAUCCUCCUGGAUAUUUUCCAGCACAGGAAAUUGCAGGCUUUGGGGCUGCUGCAAUCUUGGCUUUACUAGCGUGCUAUGCUGUGCUGAUGCCAGCAAUACGCCGAGCUCGAAACACCAAGUAUAUGCCUGUACCACCGAUUCAGUUUUCGAAAUAG